ACAUUAGUUGUACUAGUGGCUGUGACAGGUCCGAUUUACAAUCCUAAUGUGAUCGGUUACAGUUGAUUGGAAAUGGGUAGAGAAUCGUUUGUUACCCUUGCAACAAAUGAUGAAUACUGUGUGGGUGCACUUGUUUUAGCAGCAUCAAUAAAACAAUCAGAAACGUCUAAAGAGCUUACCAUUCUUGUCACCCCUGGUCUCUCAUCACAAAUGAGACAACUGCUCUGCAGCACUUAUGAUAAUGUAAUCGAAGUACAACCAGUUAUAACCAAAGGCUGGAGUCAGCCUGUUAUUGGUGGUAGAACAGAGCUUAUUGAAACAUUCACAAAAAUUCAGGUUUGGAGUCUUACUCAGUUUACCAAAGUUGUAUUUAUGGAUGCUGAUACUCUGGUUUUGCAGAACGUUGAUGAAUUGUUCGACAGAUCUGGGUUUACUGCUGCACCUGAUCCUCUGUGGCCAGACUGUUUUAAUUCUGGUGUCUUUAUAUUAGAGCCUUCUAUGGACACGUAUAACGGUCUUCUACGAAUGUUGUUUGACUCUGGGAGUUUUGAUGGAAGAGAACAAGGUUUACUGAACACGUAUUUUUCCAACUGGUUAGAAGGAGAUAUAUCACAUAGACUACCUUGUAUAUACAACUGUAUUUGUCGUAUAUCAGAUGACACAAGUUUUGAAUUUUAUACAAGUAGAUCUGCUUGGGUUCAGUUUGGCGGAUCUGUUCGAGUUGUGCAUUUUGCUGGUCCAAUCAAACCUUGGCAUAAAACAUCCGCGGCUAAGACAUGUAGUCAAGCUGCUUUUCGUACGUUCUUUAAUACUGAUAAAAAUAGACGAUCAAUAUGUCGUGUAGCUGGUAUGCUGGCCUACUGGUGGUCAUUAUUUCUAAUUCUUGUACGACCACAACUUUAUCCUGAUAUGUAUUUAAGUCACAUUUCAUUGGAUAGUCUAAGAAAAUAUGAUCAAAUUCAAGAUUCAUUCAAUAACUGUCAUGAUAAGUUCCAUGUAUUUACUAAUGAAAAUCAUGAUAAUAAUCAUAAGAACUCGUUCAUUUCGAUCAAUCCUUCUCCUCAUGAAGAAUAUAUUGAUAAAGUGAGUAGAAGAAAUCAUUCCUUAUUAACAACACCAGAAGACAAUUUAAAAUUACCUUAUCAUCCAGAAUUUCAUGAUACUAAUUGGGAUUAUUUACAUAGAGGACAACGAAUUGAUGAAAGUAAUAAAUAUGUUGAACAUCAUCAAACAUGUAUUGAAACACCACUACAACCACCACCACCACCACCACCACCACAAUUUAAUCUUUCAUUAUCUGGUGUAAACUAUUGUCGAGAAGAGGAUACUAUGAAAAAUUCAUCUCAUCAAGAUCAAUACCAUGAUAAUAAGAAUGAAUAUCAACAGAAAGAAAUAAGUCAAAAGUUGAAUGAAAAACACUCCAAUCAUAAUGAAAAUCAUCAAUCUAAUCAUUAUAAUGAUCAAGAAGAAUUUCAUGAACAUCAUUUUGAAAAGAAUCCAUUGAAUAUUAUACAACAUCAUGAUACAACAGAACAAAAUAAUCAACACUGUGAAAGUGAUAUCGUGAAAAAUGAUUUUCAACAUAAGACAGAACCUUUAAGUCAGGAAUCAAAAUCAGAUGAUAUUCAAGCGAUACCGGAAAAACCAUCAUCUAUAUCAAAUGCAGAGGUAUCUCCUAUCAAUUCUAUACAAUCGGAAUCAAUAGAAAAGUCUAAAUCAGCAUCCAACUAUUCGUUAAACUGUCAUAAAUGUUAUGAAAAACUAAUUAGAGAAUAUCAACGAUUAUUAUGUCCUAUGAAAAUGAGAAAAUUAUCGUUCGAUUCUAAUAUAAAACCUCGACAAGUAUUUAAAAAACAACGAUAUUACAGUUUAGGAAGUUCAUUCAAACCUACAAUUAAAACUUUUCAUCCAAUUAAAAUAGAUUGUAGAAAACUUACUAAAACAUCCUCAUUAACGGAUAUAGUAAAUAAGAAGUUAAUAAAGAAUGAUUCUCCAAAUUUCUUCAUAAGUUGUAAUACACUUUCUAAUAAUGUUAAUCUUGGCAUAGAACAAUUCCAUAGGGUUCCUAAUAAGAAUAUUGAUUUUGAAACGAAUUAUAAACAUCGUAACAUUAAUAAUAGAUUCAAUCAAACAAUUGAAUUGAAUAACAAAUUAAGCAAUCCAUUUCGUGGUUUAGAUAUUGCUUAUUUGAAUUGUAAACAAGUUGAUCACACUAUCACUACUGCUACUACUACUACUACUACCACUACUACUACUUCUAGCAAGAGGAAACCUCAUGGUUAUAACAAUAAAUCAUGCUUAUAUAAUGAAGUGGAUUUAAAAAGAAAGAGGAACAAUCUAUUGUCUUCACAGUUUAAACAAAGUUAUAGUGCUGACAAUAUAAUACAACUUGAUUAUAAUACAAAGAUAAUCAAUUCUCAAUCAACCGAUUAUUUGAAUCAAUCAAAGUCAAAACGAUUAUCAUCAAUAUAUAAUAAUAAUAAUAAUCUACAAUCCAAUUCUAUGAAAUUAGAUCAAAAUACAUGGCAGUUGAAAGUAAAACGUAAAAUAAAACAUGGAUAUCCUUGGAGAAUCUAUGAAAAUCAAUUCAUCAACAAUAACAACAUAUCAACAUCAUCAUCAACACCAUCAUUCAAUGUAACUAAAGCACAACACAAAUCUAGUUCUUAUCAUUAUAGAAUGAUUGCGACUGGAAUAGCCGGUGAUUUAGCUAAUAUUGAUUAUGGUAAACAAUUAUGUUCAUAUCAUGCACAAUUAGAAAUUGUUAGUAAUGAACGAAUGUAUGCAUGGGAACGUGGUGAAAUUGAUUAUACCGGGAAAGAUCGUUUUAUAAAUAUUUUAAAUAAAUUAUGCACAACAUUACGUGAUAUUGGCGGUGAAACAAAUCUACCCAUUGGUACAGAUAUCAUGAAAUAAUUAAAUCAUAAGAAAGAUUUUUUAAUAAAAUGUAUAUAUAUAUUUGUCAACCUGAAUUUCUACAUUCUCUAUUUCGUUUAUAUACUACUAAUAAUAAUCAGUAGUUUUAUGAGUAAUCUAUUUUCUUUAUCUUUUCAUAUUCAUCCAUUGAAAGUCAUUCAUUAUCUUUAUACUUUAUGAUAAGUAUUAGUUUAUUAUUAGUUUGAUCGAUUUAUUGAUUUCCCUUUUUUCUUUUUUUUCUUUUUCUCUUUUCUUUCUUUUUUUCUUUUAAUACGAGCUAUAUUAUCAUUUAUAGAACUUUUGUUUCGUUUACCUUCUCAGGUUUAUUAUUACACAUGAAUUGUACUAACAGUAUUAAUGAUUAUAAUCGAAUUACCUAUUGAAUCUUGUAAUCUUACAUUGACAAAAUCAUGUGAAAAGAUGGUUGCCCUUGUAGUUGUUGUUAUUUUCUAUUCUAAUCUUUCACCUAAUUCAUGUCAUUUCAACAAUACUAUCACUUUUAGCAUAUAUAUCCAGUUGAAUGAUUUGUAUAUUAUAACUGUUUAUUGAAUGUAUUCUUGUUAAAUAGAAUAACCAUUUAUUCUUUGAUCGUAAAAAAACAAACAAAUAAGGUUGUUUUAUAUUUGUUACUAAGAGAGAGAAAAAAACCACACACACACACACAAAAGAGAAAUUCUUUGAUUUGAUUUCAUUUAAUGGAAAUCAAUAAAUAAUCCCAUGUGUUAGAUGAAGCCCAAAUGUGUUUUUGUUGGAAAUCUGAAAUCAUUGUUGUCAAGACAUGUAACCCUAUUGUUUGAUGAAUGGAUUAUGUAAUGUAAUCAUAUAUGACAUGAAUAUAAUUAUUGAAAUAAAAGAAAAAUACAGUUUUUCU